AUGUUCACGUACGAAGAGGCACCGUUCUUCCCCGGGGUUUUGUUCUAUCUAUCGAAAUGGUACACUAAGAAGGAGAUGAAUCUACGGAUGAGUAUUUUCUACUCAGGUGCUCUCAUCGCUGGCGCCUUUGGCAACUUGAUCGCAGCCGGCAUCUUGGAAGGACUUGCAGGGGUCCGAGGUCUUUCUGCGUGGCGCUGGCUCUACAUCCUUGAGGGCUCAAUAACUGUUGUCGCUGGUAUUGUUGUGUGUAUUUUCCUACCCGACUUCCCCCAGACGUGGCGAGCUCUCACUCCAGAAAUGCAACACGUCGCGAACAGAAGACUUGCUCUGGAGGCAGCGGAAGCUGAUACCGACGAAGAAGGCGUGUCGUCACAACUGAAGGGCCUUAAACUGUGCAUCGCCGACCCCAAAGUCUGGAUUUUCGCCUUCAUCUAUAUGGGUCUUACCGGGGCGCAAGGGUUUGGAUACUAUUUUCCCACCCUAACAAGGACCCUGGGCUACAGCCAUUACAUAUCACUUUUGUUGGUGGCGCCGCCUCAUAUCUUCAUUACCAUCUGGAGCUACGUCCACGGCAUUGUCAGCGACCGUUUCACCACCCGAUACUGGUUUUGCUUGUAUCCAGCAGUGAUCUCAAUUAUUGGCUUUGUGGUCUUCAUGACCACCGACAUUUUUGGGCCGAAAUACAUGACGUUCUUUUUCAUGAUGUUUCUCAUGAAUAUCAACGGUACCUUGUUCAGUUGGAUUGCUGGGGUCGUCUCUCGGCCACCCGCCAAACGUGCCGCGGCUUACGCUCUCAUCAAUUCUCUCGGUAAUUCCGUUUCCAUCUGGACCCCAUACACGUACCUUGAUAAGGAGUCACCGUACUUCUUCACCGGUAUCGGAAUUUGUGUUGGACUCAUCGCAUCGGCUGCGGCGCUGAUGACACUGCUGCGGUUCAUUCUCAUUCGAGAGAACAAUCGGCUAGCUAGGUUGGAGAACGACGACGUCCAAUUGACGCAGAAGGAAUUGGCUAAGCUCGAGAAAAGUGCGCGUGUGGAGGGAGUCAGUUUCAGUGCGGCGCGCGCUUUACAAAAAGGCUUCAGGUACACCAUCUAA